GCGCACCCACCACACACUCUAACCAGAUCCUACUGGAGACAGGGGCUGUACUGGGAACUGCUGCGCCCACCACACACUCUAACCAGAUCCUACUGGAGACAGGGGUCGUACUGGGAACUGCUGCUCCCACCACACACUUUAACCAGAUCCUACUGGAGACAGGGGUUGUACUGGGAACUGCUGCUCCCACCACACACUUUAACCUGAUCCUACUGGAGACAGGGGUUGUACUGGGAACUGCUGCUCCCACCACACACUCUAACCAGAUCCUACUGGAGACAGGGGUUGUACUGGGAACUGCUGCUCCCACCACACACUCUAACCAGAUCCUACUGGAGACAGGGGUUGUACUGGGAACUGCUGCUCCCACCACACACACUAACCAGAUCCUACUGGAGACAGGGGUUGUACUGGGAACUGCUGCUCCCACCACACACUCUAACCAGAUCCUACUGGAGACAGAGGUUGUACUGGGAACUGCUGCUCCCACCACAUACUCUAACCAGAUCCUACUGGAGACAGGGGUUAUACUGGGAACUGCUGCUCCCACCACACACUCUAACCAGAUCCUACUGGAGACAGGGGUUGUACUGGGAACUGCUGCUCCCACCAAACACUCUAACCAGAUCCUACUGGAGACAGGGGUUGUACUGGGAACCGCUGCUCCCACCACACACUCUAACCAGAUCCAACUGGAGACAGGGGUUGUACUGGGAACUGCUGCUCCCACCACACACUCUAACCAGAUCCUACUGGAGACAGGGGUUGUACUGGGAACCGCUGCUCCCACCACACACUCUAACCAGAUCCUACUGGAGACAGGGGUCGUACUGGGAACUGCUGCUCCCACCACACACUUUAACCAGAUCCUACUGGAGACAGGGGUUGUACUGGGAACUGCUGCUCCCACCACACACUCUAACCAGAUCCUACUGGAGACAGGGGUUGUACUGGGAACUGCUGCUCCCACCACACACUCUAACCAGAUCCUACUGGAGACAGGGGUUGUACUGGGAACUGCUGCUCCCACCACACACUCUAACCAGAUCCUAAUGGAGACAGGGGUUGUACUGGGAACUGCUGCUCCCACCACACACUCUAACCAGAUCCUACUGGAGACAGAGGUUGUACUGGGAACUGCUGCUCCCACCACACACUCUAACCAGAUCCUACUGGAGACAGGGGUUGUACUGGGAACUGCUGCUCCCACCACAUACUCUAACCAGAUCCUACUGGAGACAGGGGUUGUACUGGGAACUGCUGCUCCCACCACACACUCUAACCAGAUCCUACUGGAGACAGGGGUUGUACUGGGAACCGCUGCUCCCACCACACACUCUAACCAGAUCCUACUGGAGACAGGGGUUGUACUGGGAACCGCUGCUCCCACCACACACUCUAACCAGAUCCUACUGGAGACAGGGGUUGUACUGGGAACUGCUGCUCCCACCACACACUCUAACCAGAUCCUACUGGAGACAGGGGUUGUACUGGGAACCGCUGCUCCCACCACACACUCUAACCAGAUCCUACUGGAGACAGGGGUUGUACUGGGAACUGCUGCUCCCACCACACACUCUAACCAGAUCCUACUGGAGACAGGGGUCGUACUGGGAACCGCUGCUCCCACCACACACACUAACCAGAUCCUACUGGAGACAGGGGUCGUACUGGGAACUGCUGCUCCCACCACACACUCUAACCAGAUCCUACUGGAGACAGAGGUUGUACUGGGAACUGCUGCUCCCACCACAUACUCUAACCAGAUCCUACUGGAGACAGGGGUUAUACUGGGAACUGCUGCUCCCACCACACACUCUAACCAGAUCCUACUGGAGACAGGGGUUGUACUGGGAACUGCUGCUCCCACCAAACACUCUAACCAGAUCCUACUGGAGACAGGGGUUGUACUGGGAACCGCUGCUCCCACCACACACUCUAACCAGAUCCAACUGGAGACAGGGGUUGUACUGGGAACUGCUGCUCCCACCACACACUCUAACCAGAUCCUACUGGAGACAGGGGUUGUACUGGGAACCGCUGCUCCCACCACACACUCUAACCAGAUCCUACUGGAGACAGGGGUCGUACUGGGAACUGCUGCUCCCACCACACACUUUAACCAGAUCCUACUGGAGACAGGGGUUGUACUGGGAACUGCUGCUCCCACCACACACUCUAACCAGAUCCUACUGGAGACAGGGGUUGUACUGGGAACUGCUGCUCCCACCACACACUCUAACCAGAUCCUACUGGAGACAGGGGUUGUACUGGGAACUGCUGCUCCCACCACACACUCUAACCAGAUCCUACUGGAGACAGGGGUUGUACUGGGAACUGCUGCUCCCACCACACACUCUAACCAGAUCCUACUGGAGACAGAGGUUGUACUGGGAACUGCUGCUCCCACCACACACUCUAACCAGAUCCUACUGGAGACAGGGGUUGUACUGGGAACUGCUGCUCCCACCACAUACUCUAACCAGAUCCUACUGGAGACAGGGGUUGUACUGGGAACUGCUGCUCCCACCACACACUCUAACCAGAUCCUACUGGAGACAGGGGUUGUACUGGGAACCGCUGCUCCCACCACACACUCUAACCAGAUCCUACUGGAGACAGGGGUUGUACUGGGAACCGCUGCUCCCACCACACACUCUAACCAGAUCCUACUGGAGACAGGGGUUGUACUGGGAACUGCUGCUCCCACCACACACUCUAACCAGAUCCUACUGGAGACAGGGGUUGUACUGGGAACCGCUGCUCCCACCACACACUCUAACCAGAUCCUACUGGAGACAGGGGUUGUACUGGGAACUGCUGCUCCCACCACACACUCUAACCAGAUCCUACUGGAGACAGGGGUCGUACUGGGAACCGCUGCUCCCACCACACACUCUAACCAGAUCCUACUGGAGACAGGGGUCGUACUGGGAACUGCUGCUCCCACCACACACUCUAACCAGAUCCUACUGGAGACAGGGGUUGUACUGGGAACCGCUGCUCCCACCACACACUCUAACCAGAUCCUACUGGAGACAGGGGUCGUACUGGGAACUGCUGCUCCCACCACACACUCUAACCAGAUCCUACUGGAGACAGGGGUUGUACUGGGAACCGCUGCUCCCACCACACACUCUAACCAGAUCCUACUGGAGACAGGGGUCGUACUGGGAACUGCUGCUCCCACCACACACUCUAACCAGAUCCUACUGGAGACAGGGGUUGUACUGGGAACCGCUGCUCCCACCACACACUCUAACCAGAUCCUACUGGAGACAGGGGUCGUACUGGGAACCGCUGCUCCCACCACACACUCUAACCAGAUCCUACUGGAGACAGGGGUCGUACUGGGAACUGCUGCACCCACCACACACUCUAACCAGAUCCUACUGGAGACAGGGGUUGUACUGGGAACUGCUGCUCCCACCACACACUCUAACCAGAUCCUACUGGAGACAGGGGUUGUACUAGGAACUGCUGCUCCCACCAGUCUGCAUGCAGCUCCUGAUAAAUGGGAUGUCUUGGGGACUGACUUCAACCCUUAG